CUCUUUAGGCAAUAUAUGACCGUAAGAUGAAGUCACAAACAUUGCGACUGGAAUCAACUCCCACUCAUGAGGGAACACAGUCAGUGCUUUAUGUGGAGAAGUACCAGCUGGUACCACGGUCUCCCAGUCCUCCAUACUUCAUUUGUGUGGAUCAGAUUAUUGGGGACAUGGAACAGCAUAAAUAUUACAGCAAAUCACUAAAUGGCAUCCUCUGCUGCCUCCUGACAAUCUGCCUUCACAAACUUACUCAGUCGCAAAAGCUGUGCACGGUCCCCCCAGAGCCUGUAAGCGUCAGGGAGAAUAGCACAGUUGACACUUUCAUCGCCACGGUGAACACCACAGAGAGCGACAUCACGCUAACGCUAAUGGAGAAUCCAGCGGAGGCUUUCGAGCUGAGAGGGACGGACCUGAUGGCCAAGAAAGGAUUAGAUUUUGAGGCUCUGCUCAAUGAGGAUGCACUUACAGUCAGGAUUAAAUGCAACAAAACUGGCUUCAAAGCAGUUACCCUACCUCUUAUAGUACAAAUAGAAAACAUCAAUGAUAAUCCUCCAACCUUUGCCAAGGAUGAAUAUGUUUUAGAAAUUGAUGAAUUGAUGCCAAUAAAUUCCAGUAUUGGACUUAUAGAAGCCUCAGAUCUUGAUUCAGAUCUACUCUACUACACUUUGGAUCCAUCCACGAGCAAGUAUUUCAGGCUACAGACAGAGAACUAUCCCAAACUCUUGGUGCAAAAGAUAGUGGAAUAUGACGUCAUACAGAAGAUGACUCUGAUCUUAUAUGUCCAGGACACGCCCAUUCCGACAGAACCUGAUGUACCCUCUUUUACGGCCACAACCACCAUCACAGUCAAUGUGCGCGACAUUGAUAACCGUCCACCAUGGUUCCAGCCAUGCACAAAGGCAACAGUCGGCAUCGCAAAAAUCUGUUACAGUUCAGGGUACAAGGGCAGAGUCAACUUAACUGAAAAACAAGAAGGUCCGUUACAGUUGCAACCAGGACCAAUAUAUGCAAAAGACGGAGAUAAAAACAGAAACGAGCAGAUCAGUUACAAAAUCCUUAAAGGAAAUGAGGACAGCGUAUUUCAAAUGGACGAGAACACUGGAAACGUAACAAUGCUGAAGGCUGCUGACAUCGCUGGCCCCAUUAUCUUGACAGUUAUGGCCUCACAGGUGACCAACAGAGAUCAAUUUGCCAUCACCUCCGUCACCAUAGAGGUUAUGAAGAAGAGCAGAAAUCCUCCAAGGUUUGAGAAAGAGCGCUAUGAAGCCUAUGUCUACACCACCUCAGGCCCAGACAACAUGGUGAUGAGGGACAAGACAUCCAACAGACCCUUUAGGGUUAGAGCACGCGAUGAGGAUUUUGCAACUGGUGUGAAUCCUGACAUUCGGUAUGAGGUCCAGUACAGCAGCUAUGUCAAUGUGACCACUGACGGUUUUGUUCUCUUGAAGAAAGCCGUGAAAACAGACUCUUUUGCUCUGCAGCUCCGUGCUGUGUGCAUCUCUACUGGAGAGUCAGGCACUGCUGCUCUAUCUGUACAAGUCAUACCAGUGCCAGGUGUCCAGUCGCCUUCUGAAGGCUACAGGGCGGGAGACAUGGCUUUGUUGGGCUUCGUCAUGGCCGCCCUUCUGGUGAUGUGCCUUAUCGUCAUCGGAUUCCUCAUUUCGCGCCUGAGGAAAGGGACUGCCAAUGCGCUCAAGUUAUCAGAGUGCUUAGGUCCAUGCCUGAAGCUCACCCAUCCCAGGAGAAGGCCAAGAGACAGCAUGCAGUUCACCAAUGACGGCUUUUUGAAUGAAGGGGGUGACCCUAGUAGAGGGCUGCCCCCUAGGCGAAACCUGGGUCCAGACCGCAGACCGGACUCGAUAAAGACUGCCAGGGCCAGGGUGAUCCGAGAGCGGCAAAAACCAUGCACCUCCUGUGGCCAUCGCGUCCAGGCCAACCACGUCCCCAACAGCAGUCCUGCCGCCCAGGCCAAAGCCCGGCCAGGACCGGGGCAGGUAAGAUCCAUCCUCACCAAAGAGAAGAAGAGAGACGAGCGGCUCAGGAGCGUAUGGUUCAAAGAGACCGCUGACACCUCUGAGAUCCAGGUGGAGAUCAUCCCGGAAAACAUAGGCCUCAAGCCUGCAGAGGACGUGGAGGACCUGGAUGCGAUUUCGACUACCUCUGCACCUCUGGAGAGCGAAAUGGAGCUGGGAGACCUCACCGCUAUGAUUACACAAGAUCUUGGCCCAGGGGCCUCUGUUUCUGACAACAAAGAGGACGUGACUGAAGACAAACCAGACCUGUAGUGGAUGCUAAUUUACAGACACUUCGGUUGAGAUAUGUUGCAUUGGGAAGAAGUUUACAGGAGACAUAAAGAAACAGAUGCUCACCUCUCAUCGUAUGUUGGCAAUGUUUCGUACUCCAGCUCUUAGGGACCUCUCUGUACAGCAUGUUGCAAGUCUCUUCCUGCUCUACCACAUCUGGUUGAAUGCAUCACAUAAUUGGUCAAAUGCUUCUGGUUAGCUUAAUUGGGUCUGUUUGACUAAUCAGGAACAAAGAAAGACUGAAAUUAAGGACAUUUUCAGUCAGGUUUGGUAGAACAAAGAGAGGCUUGAAACAUGUAAGGCAUAAAAAAGACCAAAACAGAAGAAAAAAAACAUGGGGGAUUAUUUGAAAGGUAAAUAAGUUAACUUGAACAGUUUCUUUGUAAUUUAUAAGGCACUUAUUAAGCUUAAUUGGCAAUGUAUUUUGUGCACUUUUUGAAAAACAAGUAUGUAAAAAUGAUUUAGAUUUAGGUAGAGUGACCUUUUCAGUCCAUAUUACUUUACGUUUAAUAAUGUGUUUUGACUUGUUUUCUAUUAUUGACAUAGUAUAUAGUGGUUUGGUGUUCGGGUCAUUAUAUGUUAGCUGUUGAUUUAUGUCGAUAUAUUUAUCAAUACUGUAUGAAUUCCACACCAAACACAUGAACUGGGAGGGCCUUUUUCUUAUGUUUCAAAGCAUUGUUAAUUUAAUCACCAUUUUGGAAUGUGACACAUACUACACUAACGCACCUACCAAGUCAUGUCAGUUUUAUGGACAUAUUUUGAUACUUCAACUUGCCAACCUUACUAAGCACGUAUUAAGCAUUGAUUGUGUGCACUUUGUGUUUUUAUUUCAUUGUUAAGGAAUGUUAAAGAAAGAAUAACAUAAUAAAUUAUUUUGAAAUCAGGAAAAUAUUUUGAUUCACAAUAACUUCUCAUUAAAAUGAAAUUGCAUGCCUGAGUCACACUUUGGAAGAUUGCACGUGGCUUACUGCCAUGCACCAAAACAGUAGCGAAUUGUAUUUAAAAACAUUGCAUUGUGUAAUAAGCUUAUUUACAUUUUAAGGAAGACUAUUGUAUAUUUACAUAUGAGACCCCUCUGAUGUGAGAUGUGGUGGUUAGCAGCAUUUGUACAUUAAAGAGGCAACAUUUAUACCAA